CUGCUUCUCCAAUGGUUAAAUUCGCAAUUCGAGAAUUUAGGGCUGGGUUUAUUUUAAGCCUAUAACCAAAUUUCUUCUGUCGCUGCUCUAUUUUUGUCCGUAUUUCACGGUUGAUGAAACGUCAACUCGGAGUAUAAUCCAAAUUCCCUACAUUACGAAGGUCACUCGAACUUCACACAUCUCUUCCACCCGGGCGCAGUGAUACCGAGAGGUCAUCUGUCUUCAAAUUGAAUCGGAACUGGGGAACGCAAGAUGUCUGGAGAUCUGCCUCUCAACAUCAACAUUAAAGAGCCACGAUGGGACCAAGGGACGUUCAUGGGGCGCGCCAAGCACUUCUUUAUGAUCACAGACCCCAGGAAUGUCCUACUGUCGUCCAGGACAUUGGAGGAGGCCAGGGUGAUUGUGGAGAACUACAGAGCCGGGGUGGUGGCGCCCGGCCUGACGGAGGACCAACUUUGGCGGGCCAAGUACGUGUACGACUCGGCCUUCCACCCCGACACGGGCGAGAAGAUGUUCGUGAUCGGCCGCAUGUCCGCUCAGGUGCCCAUGAACAUGUCCAUCACUGGCUGCAUGCUCACCUUCUACAGGACCACACCAGCGGUGGUUUUCUGGCAGUGGGUUAACCAGUCUUUCAACGCAGUGGUCAACUACACCAACCGCAGUGGAGACGCUCCCAUCACUGUCAAUCAGCUCGGUGCGGCCUACGUGAGUGCCACGACCGGUGCCGUUGUCACAGCCCUGGGCCUCAAGUCACUGGCCACGCGUCUCCCGCCCAUCGUCAGCCGCUUCGUGCCCUUUGCCGCCGUCGCCGCUGCCAACUGCAUCAACAUUCCCUUCAUGAGACAGAGGGAGUUGAAGUACGGCAUUCCCGUGACCGACGAGAACGGCAACAGGUUGGGAGAGUCUGUCAACGCGGCCCGGCAGGCCAUCAUGCAGGUGGUGGUGUCCAGGAUCGGCAUGGCGGUGCCCGCUAUGGGUAUUCCUCCCAUCAUCAUGAACGCACUGGAGAAGCGAGCCUUCAUGAAGCGUUUUCCGAUUCUCAACGCUCCGAUGCAAGUGGGACUGGUGGGCUUGUGUCUGGUGUUUGCCACUCCUCUUUGCUGUGCCCUGUUCCCACAAAAAAGUUCGAUGAAAGUGAGCGGGCUGGAGGCGGAGCUUCAGGACAAAAUACGACAAAGCAACCCGGCCACCACUGUGGUCUACUUCAACAAGGGCCUGUAGGCGCUUCAUGUGCAUGCCGCGCGCACACGUACACAGGCGCACACACACACAAUUUAUUUGUUUUGGGAGGGGGGCAAGAGGGUUCUGGUGUUUUUGAACUGCUCCCAAGUGAAGCACAAGGAGGAAAGAUGUUUGCAUGUGUACAACUAACUUGUACAGUAUUUAGCCAUGAACUUGAAUGUAACCUCACUGUCCUCUUGUAGUACUCCACCGGUACUAUGAUUGAAUUAUCUCGACUGCGGCUUGUUGUUGUUGUUGUCCUCGCUGUUCAAGUGGUGCACCUUUCCGUUAAAUUAGGCGUAGGCAACCCACGGCCUGAAGAGAGAGCACUUAAUCCGGCGGCCGUGCAAUUAUAAAACCAGAAAUGCUCACAAUAAACCAAUACAGUGGAACACUUAAUUCCAGUCAUAUGAUUGAAAGAGUGAAAUUCAUUUUGAUUUCAUUCUGAGUGAAAUGAUUCCAAAUUUUAAUCACGACGGGGGGGGGGGGGG